GCGGUGGGCAGUUGAUUCAUAAUACGACGAUGUUUGUGUUCGUGUUGAAAUAUUGAAGUCUUGAACUAUUUAUACCAGUGAUUUAUAUACAGGGAGAGGAAUUACAACAACUCUUCUACCAGAUAAGUUACAUUUAUCGACAAAGAGAAUUCUGACAUUAAAAUUCCGCUGACGUCCAUUGUCAGCUGGCUGAUUUGCAUGUCAGACGAAACAUGGGCGAAAAAGUGAUAGAUGGUAUAGAAAAAAUAGACUUAAAUGGUAAAGAUAAACCCAAAAUUAUCAUUAUUGGUGCUGGGAUAUCGGGUAUAGCGACAGCCGAUACUCUGAUCAGGGCAGGAUUCACAGAUUUCAAGAUCUUGGAGGCCUCGGGGCGAACGGGAGGACGAAUAUGGACGGUUGAAAUCGAUGAAGGGAAGAAAGUGGACCUGGGAGCCCACUGGAUCCAUGGCAUCGAGAGAAAUCCCAUCUACAAAAUAGCCGAUGAUAACAACCUGCUAAAGCUCCGCCACGGUGACAAAGGUCUGCGACAUCGCAACUGUUUCCUAACCGAGGAGGGUAAGGAGGUCAAUGAAAAGGUGGUAAACUCUGUGAAUCUGGCUUACGGACAGCUGAUCAUCCAGGCGGAAGAUUUCUACCAGAGCAGCAUCCCGACUGAGGAGGAAAAUGACAGUGUGGGGGCCUUUCUGGAGCGGGAGUUCUCGGAGAGACUAGAGAAGUACACCAACGGCGACCGUCAUAUACGAGAGAUGGUUUUUAAUCAAAGGAAGUUGCUGGAGUGUUGUAUAUCAGGAUGUGAUAGACUGGAAGAUGUCUCGCUCAGCGAGUUUGGUGGUUACGAAGAGCUACCAGGAGUGCACUACUCUAUACCACCUGGUUUUGAGGCAGUACUAGAAAUCCUUAAAAGUUCAAUUCCCAAAGACAACAUUUUGCUCAAUCACCCAGUGAGGUGUGUCCACUGGAGCCGGAAAAACUGUAACGAAAGCGACUACAAAGUGAUGGUGGAGUGUGAGAAUGGUGAAAUGUUCUAUGCAAAUCAUGUGAUUGUGACAGUGUCUCUGGGCGUGUUGAAGGCUGCCUACGACCGCAUGUUUGACCCUCCCUUACCCGAAGAGAAAGUGGGGGCAAUAGAUCGCCUAGGCUUCGGAAUCGUAGACAAAGUGAUCCUAAAGUUUGACAAACCCGUGACGGAACAGGAUGUUUUUCGCAUUGAAUUGCUGUGGGACGAUGACAACAUUAAGUGCAAUGAUUUGAGACAUACAUGGUACCGCAAAAUUUACUCCUUUGAAGUUUUACACGAGUCAGUUCUAGUGGGCUGGCUGAGUGGGAAGGAAGCUCUAUACAUGGAAUCUCUGACUGAGGACCAGAUAGCUGAGGACCUGGUGGAAGUCCUAAAAAAAUUCCUCCAAAAGGAUCACAUUCCCUCGCCCUCAAAAAUUGUCAGGACAAGAUGGGGCAACAACAGCUCGACCCGCGGGUCCUACAGCUUCAUCAAGGUUGGGGCCAGUAUGACCGACAUUGACCUCCUGGCUGAGCCACUCACAGACUCAGAGACAGAGAAGCCACAAGUGAUGUUUGGAGGGGAGGCUACUCAUGAAUGCCACUACUCCACCACACACGGAGCCCUGCUGUCUGGAAUGAGGGAGGCCAACCGAAUCAUCAAACUGUACUCAGACUAAACGUCAUGGUUCAUUGAAUUCCUUCCAGUGUGCACUGUGUAUCACCAUGACAAAUAAGAGACCACAUGAUAUAUACUAUAUUGAUGAACGUGUAUACUGUCAAUGUUAUUGUUUUUUUUAGUUGUUUUUUUUCUCCUUGCAAUUAUUUCCUAGUCUGUAGCUGAUUUUUUAUAAGCACCAUGAAAUGGACAAGAGAUGACAACAGUAACACAGUCAUCUCCCUUUGUUGUGAGGACCGUAUAUAUCUAUUGCUUUUUUCUAUACAUUGUACCAAGUGAUCAGUAAGGAGUUCGUACAUCUUGAUCUCAGCUAUGUUAAAGGGUUUGGGAAACUUACAACGCACAAAACAGUUCUCUUGCCGGUGACAGCACGGAAAGCUUAGGAUGUGGGGAUGGUGUCUUAUUCACUGCCAAAAUUCAAACUCUAAGAAGUUUUACCUCAGUACAUAAGUUUAAGCACAGAUUAGACUUACGGAAUUAAUGUCACUGAUUAGAGAAUAGGAAUUUAGUGGUGCUUUUAUUCCAGACAUUUUUUUUUUAGAAUUUGAAAUGGUAAUGGUAUUUGCAUCUACCUAUAUGAUAACAGCUUAAGGAACACUGGUGCGAGCUGAUUUAUUUGCUUUAAGCUUCUCAAAGAAAUCAAAACUUUGAUGUUGGAUGUUUGUUUAAAGCACCUCUCAUAGACUCUACCUCUUUGUUACAGAGAUGAAGGAAAAACAUGAUGAUAAAAUGUUGGAAUUGUUUUGUAAAUGUUUAUAUAUUGUAAAAACUUGUAAAACUAGGCAAUCGCUAGGAUUUUGUUUUAGUUCUCCAGGCUCCAGCUGAUGCAGCAUGUUUGCUUUGAAUAUAAGCAUAGUCAGCCAAGACAUCCCUUACCAAAGCCAGGAAAUAGGAAUCUGGCUUCUGUGACAUUAGCCAGUCUAUAGGAUUCUGGCUUCUGUGACAUUAGCCCAUCUAUAGGAUUCUGGCUUCUGUGACAUUAGCCCGUGUAUAGGUUUCUGGCUUCUGUGACAUUAGCCAGUCUAUAGGAAUCUGACUUCUGUGACAUUAGCCAGGCUAUAGAGGUCUGGCUUCUGUGACAUUGGCUAUUGAGGUCUGGCUUCUGUGACAUUAGCCAGUCUAUAGGAUUCUGGCUUCUGUGACAUUAGCCAGGCUAUAGGAAUCUGACUUCUGUGACAUUAGCCAGUCUAUAGGAUUCUGGCUUCUGUGACAUUAGCCAGACUAUAGGAUUCUGGCUUCUGUGACAUUAGCCAGGCUAUAGGAAUCUGACUUCUGUAACAUUAGCCAGUCUAUAGGAAUCUGGCUUGUGUGACAUUAGCCAGGCUAUAGGAAUGCUAUAGGAUUCUGUGAUGUUAGCUUGGCCUCUUUCAUGUUAUUCAGUGUUAAGGUUUCUGUGGUGAAAAAUAUUCACUCCAGCAAUUUCUAGCUUCAUUAUUCAUCAAUAGAGAUAGACCUAUGAUGGAUGAAAGUGUGAAUAGAAGAAAUAGUGAGUAGUUUGAAAGCAACAUGGAAGAAUGCUGUUUGAUGUUUUUAUCAGUACAAAUGAAAUGCAUUUAGAAUUUUUUUUCAUUCAAUGAAAUAUGUAAAUUUCCAUGAUAUAUGAAAAAGAAAUGUGCUAUUUUGUAUGCUUUGAUGUAUAUAUUUAGACGUUAUGAUUAAUUUAUUGAUGAAAUCAUACCUCAGAUGUGUCGCAAAUUUUAUCAUGAAAGGUUAUGCAUUGAAUUAUUGUGAAUUUUGUCUCUAAAUUUUAUUAUUAGAGUAUAUGAUAUUUUACUGUGGUGCAUUGAGAACAGUUGUGUAUUUAUUCAGAAAACACUAAUAUGUACCAAUGAUACUGGUGGGAUAAAGUCGGGGACAGACGCACCAAGGAAUUGACUUUUCUGUCCCUUCUCCAGAUGUUGAUGAGAUUGUUUUUAUGUGAGCAGAUGAUGAUAAGACAUAUAUAGGUGUAUAUCUGGAUUAUGCUGUCGUGACAGCAGUCCUAAUGGUAAUGUUUAUGUAUCCAAUAAAAAAUGAAUCACAA